CAACCUCAUAUUUACGGAAGUGAUGCACAGCAAUCGAUGGACAUUUCGCCACUGCUCAGUCGCGCUUUAUUCUCUCUUUUAAGAUCUUAAUUAAACUAUUUUCGUUAAGCGCCAUGUGGGACCACGAAAUUCGAGCCAUGGUGAGCACCCACGCCAUCAUAGCCGCCUCGAUCCUCGUAGCCACUGUUGUACCUGCGGCGCUCGUCCCAGAUUUCUCUAUAUACGGUACCCACCUGGUGUGGCUCUACUCUGUGUCCGGUGCCGUUGUCGCCGUCAGCGUCGCCAUAUUCUGGCUUCUCGGCAUCUCGCCGCCGACCAGGAAGCAUUCCUUGGGAUACAAGCUGUCCAGGUUGUUUCGUUCCUGUUUGUACUUCUUUCUGUCCUGCUUGUUCUUCCACACCGUAGUGUUUCUCUACGGAGCUCCCCUGAUUGACUCAGCUUUGGAGACCUUUUCUCUAGCGGUGCUGUUGUCCUCUCUCACCACGGUUCGGUGUCUUUGUGUGCUUGGACCAAACGUCCAAGCUUGGAUCCGGGUCUUCAGUCGCCACGGAGCAAUGUCUGUUUGGGACACUUGCCUCCAGAUCACGGUAGCCUUGACAGUGUUGGGUGCCUGGAUGGGAGCCUUCCCAAUACCUUUGGACUGGGACAAGCCUUGGCAGGUUUGGCCGAUAUCCUGCAGCCUGGGCGCCAUGUUGGGCUACCUUUCGGGCCUGGUGGUGGCGCCGAUGUGGAUUCAUUACAACCGUAAGCAGCUAACCUACAAGUGCAAAUGAUGGACAAGCCUGAUUUUGCAGUCACAGCAGGAGAGCUGCAUGACAACAUGUUUGCCGUGCGGUAACACGACACUCCAACUGUUAAUGAAGCACGGCGGGCGAGUGCACGCAGGAAGCAAACAUGGGAGAAGGGGGUGGAGGGGUGAGACAAGACAGCGGAGUGUGAGAUGACAUCUUUUUCAAAUGGAGGAUGGGCAAAACGCAUCAAAUGGGAUGUGUAACCUCGCUUGGCGUCUUCUGGCUCACUUCCUGCCCUAGUAUGAAACAUCCAUUGAUUCCACUUAACCUUUGUCCUCAUGGCUGCUUACGUGUUCUUUGUCCAUAAUAACUCCAUUUCUGUUGGAAGCAAAGCGGAGGAAUAGCCAAAUAGAUGAAUAAAAAAAGUGACAUUUGCAUGACGUGAGGCGAGCAGGCCAUGUUUACAGAGGACUAAGCUGCUACAGCGGAGACCACCUGUUGUUCUAAAGCUGCGUCGCAUGACCUCGCCAGAAGAUCAAUACGAGCGCAUCAUGGCUGAGGGCCUGCUUUAAACUUGUCGAUGAGAGAGAAGGGAUCAUUUCGGCAUCCUGCCCGACAUGACAGGCUGCACAAAACCAUAAAUGCCCCCAAAUAGGAAUGAACCAUAUGACACAUAAGGAAACAAUCCCCUUAAAAUUUAUUCAAUUGAAUCUCUUUUUUUUUUGUACAAAAGAAAAUGUGACAAUUUUUUGUUCGUGCAAGAUAAAUUGUUAUUUUUGACAUUUCCAAGAAACGGGAAAAUGGAGGCUCAUUGUUGGGUUGACAUGUCACAACGCCGUUUCCAGCAAGUAGCAGACCACGCGGAACCGAGUCUCCGGAUGAAA